AUGAAGGUUUCCCACAGCGCCGCAGACACUGAGCCCUUCAUGUCGAGUCUCUGCGGUCUCCCGCUGGUCCGCGUCCUCCAGGCCGGUCGCACGUCAGCGUGGUCGUCUUCGUCAGCGUGGUCGUCUUCGUCACCGAACGCCACCGGUACAUCGCGGCUCAGGGAUCGGUCAGAAAGUGAGAGAACCUUCCUCAUCUUCAUCAUCGCUCCGUUCAGCUGCUUCAACGACGCGUCAGACUGCCUGAUGGGAUUCGGCGAAGGAGACAUGUCAGAUCGUCAGUAUCAUGAGACCAGCGCCGUGCUGAGAGUUUCCCGUCUGCCUCUGGUUCGCUCGGCGUUCCAGUCGGUGACAUCGGCGUACUCACAGGUCAAAGGUCGUUACCCUCUGCUGCGUCUGAUGGGAGGAGUGGCCGAGGUGGGUGUUCGCAGCAUCUCCAACAUCGCCAUGACAAGAGCCACGCCCCUCCUCCAGAGUCUGGAGCCGCAGAUUGAAUUUGCCAACAGUUUUGCUCUCGUUGGCCUCGACCGCCUGGAGAGAAACUUCCCCAUCCUGAACCAAUCAACAGACGAGGUGGUGGGUCACCUGAAGGACGCCUUCUUCCUGACCCUGGACGACGUGCAGCUGUGGGUGGUGGACGGUUUGGACACGGCUCUGGAUCAGCUGGAGCAUCUGUCCGACGCCGCCUGGGGGGCCGUUCAGCAGCUGCAGGACACGCAGGUGGGCCGAGCCGCCACGUCGGGAUUGGAUGACGUGCUGAGUCGCCUGGAGGACGCCACCGCCUACUACCUUCCCCUGCCGCCCACACUGCGUCGGGAGUGGGAGAUGAGGGUCCAGGAGUACGAGGAUGAAGACGACGACGACGAGCCCAGCCUGUGGACGAGGGUUCGCAGCCUCCUGCUGAGCCUCAGCCUGCAGCUUUACCAUCGCAUGAUGAAGGUCAGAGAGCAGCUGCAGAGAGCCGUCAGGACGCUCGGGGACGCCGCUGACGUGGUGGGUUUGGGUAAAGUCCUGGAGCUGGUCGGUGAGCUGCUGCAGUACCUACAGGGCCUCCUGGUGGCGCUGGUGUACCGGGCAGAGAGUCUCCGAGAGCUGACAAUGACCGGGGUCAGAGGUCAGGUGGUUAUGUUAGCGGAGCUACGUCCUGUACGUCAGAUCAUAGAGCUGCCGGUUCAGAUCCAGCAGCUGCUCAGAGACCUGCAGGAACUCUCCAAGAUCCUCCUGCAGCUGGUGAUCAACGCUACACCUCUCUACAACAUGCUGCAGCAGCCGUCGGAUCAGGAGAUCGAGGACUUCCUCAACCAGGAGGACUUCAUGUCCGACAGUUCGUCUCGCCGCAGCUCAGCUAACAGUCUCUUCCUGAAGGCAAUGGACGGCCGUCCUCGCCGCCGCCGAAGUCUCUACUCGCGCGCCGCACGAAGCUCCGUGGGCCCCCAGAGCUCUGACCCCGCCAACGGCCGCCGCCCCAGCCUGAAGGACGCCCCGGCCCUGGAGGCGGAGGGCCUGCCCCUCCCUUCAGACGGCACCGUCGUCCACCGCCGCCCGUCCACCACCGAGCUGCUCCUCACUCCGCUCAAACAGUUCGUCUCUCAGAGCCAGAAGGCCUUCGAGUACCUGAGCCCCAACUCCCCCGCCAACACGGUGACGAUGGCCGACUCUUAA